GGUUUUCUCAGGUUCUGGUUGUGGCGCGGUGAUAGGUUCUGGGACCCAAGACAGCCGUUAUCUUCCCAGGUUAGCGAGAUAACCCCCUCCCCCCCGGCCUCGGGGACCCAGCGGCAGUGAUGUCUCCGGUGUCUGGUUCGCGCAGCCCGGAGAGGGAAGCCUCGGGCUCCAGGGUGAAACGCCGCAGUUCGUCGAGGAGCCCUAAACCCAGCAAAUCUGCCCGCUCCCCGCGGGGCCGCCGCUCUCGCUCGCACUCUUGCUCUCGGUCUGGGGAUCGGAAUGGCCUCAGCCAUCAGACAAGUGGCCUCAGCCAAGGCUCCCGAAACCAGCCCUACCGCUCCCGCUCGCGGUCACGCUCUCGAGAGCGGCCUUCUGUGACGCGGGGCACCCCCUUCGCUUCUGCCACCUCGUCUGCCUAUUAUGGGGCUACUCACGCCCCUACGGGGAGCGACAAGCCUUGCCCUAGCCUUCUCGACAAGGAGAGGGAGGAAAGCCUGCGGCAGAAGAGAUUAAGUGAAAGAGAGAGGAUUGGAGAAUUGGGAGCUCCUGAAGUAUGGGGACUUUCUCCAAAGAAUCCAGAACCAGACUCUGAUGAACAUACACCAGUAGAGGAUGAAGAGCCAAAGAAAAGCACCACUUCAGCUUCUACUUCAGAAGAAGAAAAGAAGAAGAAGAAGAAGUCUAGUCAUUCAAAAGAAAGGUCCAAGAAAAGGAGAAAGAAAAAAUCAUCUAAAAGAAAACACAAGAAAUAUUCUGAUGAUAGCGACAGUGACUCUGAUUCUGAAACAGACUCCAGUGAUGAAGACACAAAAAGGAGAUCAAAGAAAGCCAAGAAAAAGGAAAAGAAGAAGAAACGCAGAUCGAAAAAAUACAAGAAAAAGAAGUCUAAGAAGAGCAGAAAAGAUUCCAGUGACUCAAGCUCUAAAGAUUCCCAAGAAGAGUUUCUGGAGAAUCCCUGGAAGGAUAGAUCAAAGCCUGAAGAACCCUCAGAUUUAAUUGGCCCAGAGGCUCCAAAAACACUUGCCUCUCAAGAUGAUAAACCUCUGAACUAUGGCCAUGCUCUGUUACCUGGUGAAGGUGCAGCUAUGGCUGAAUAUGUAAAAGCUGGAAAACGUAUCCCACGAAGAGGUGAAAUUGGUUUGACAAGUGAAGAAAUUGCAUCAUUUGAAUGCUCGGGUUAUGUAAUGAGUGGUAGCAGGCAUCGCCGAAUGGAGGCUGUGCGGCUACGGAAAGAGAACCAGAUCUAUAGUGCUGAUGAGAAGAGAGCUCUUGCAUCCUUUAACCAAGAAGAAAGACGAAAGAGAGAAAACAAGAUUCUGGCCAGUUUUCGAGAGAUGGUAUAUAGAAAAACUAAAGGGAAAGAUGACAAAUAAGGAUUUUCAGAUUGUUCAGCAGACAUUUUCAACAAAAAGUCUGGGUUCCAUAUAUACAUACAAAAAGGUUAUUAUGAUCUGGAAAUCUUUACAGUGCUACUGUGCCUUCUAUUUAAUUCUUUCAGUCCUUCAAUAAAAAGCUGCUUAUUGAUAUAUAACUUUGGUAUAUUUUGGAUUGCCCAUAAAACUUUCUGGUUGAAAAAUCCAAAUUGUGAAUGAAAUCCUACUAUAUUUGGGGGGGUGACAUUGAGAGAAGAUGUCAGUGAGAUGAAAAAUAAGUUGCACUGUCUCACACCAUGGGACAGUGCUACUCUUAGCUCUACAUGACACUCACCCCCCCCAAGUGAACUUGUGGGAAAUUAUUAUUCCUCUAUGUUGAAUGUGUUAUAAAUGGAUUGAUAGAACCACACAGGAGGCCAGUUUUGUUAACAAAAUUAAGGCAUUGCUGAAAAAAAGCAAAUCUGGAAUUUGAAGAUUGGCUUUAUUGUACAAUAUAUAAUCUGCCUUGAACACAAUGUAUUUUGAUUUUAGUCCCUACCCUCACCCUAAAACCCACAAACAAACCAAAAAGCAAAUUAACCCACAGACUUAUUAAAUUGAAAAUGUGAACAUUAGUUUUAAAAUUCUUAACAGGUUAUUAAAAGUGUUUUUUCCAAAUAUAAAAUAUCGGAAAGUCUACUGUUGUGCCAAUGUAAGUACAUUAUUUUCAUCUAAGCUGUACUUGGAUCAUAAUUUGAAUACUAGAAAUGAAUAGGAGUCAACUGUGGUCAGGCAUUUAAUACGGAAAAAAUAUGAGUCAUUACUUUAACUUGGUUGUUUUAUAAGGAUGAAGCUAAAAUUUUAUUCAACAUUUUUUGCCUGUCCUUUAUGUAAUUUUUUGUCUAUCCUUUACAUGAACCUUUCAGUUUAUUUUUUACAUCAGUCAUCAGUUUAAUCUUUAAUUUUAUAUAGAACCCCCUCAAUUUAUCACUUUUUUAUGGCUACUAUUGACUUUUACUAGUAUGUUUUGAAGAAAUGGAAAAUUCUGGGACUGUGAGAUUACAAUCUUUUUCCUUCCCUAUUUUGUUCAAUUUUAGUCACUAGGUCACAAGAGUGAAGCAGGAGGGGACAGUGGAAGCUCAGGUUGUUUUUGUUAAGAUUGUUUUGAGCUGCAUUAUUAUGUGCCUAGGAUAAAUUUAAAUUACCUGGAUGGUAAGGAAAUUCUGACUCUGCUGUUAUAAAAUGCCCUCUCCUCUCUCUUUAGAAUAAAGUGAGGUUUUUUUUCAAAGUUUUCAAAUAAGGCAGUCAGAUUUCUUUUUUUUUUCCUUAAGGCAGUUAGAUUUCAAAGCAUAGCUCAGAAGCUUUACUAUUUUAGCAUGUUUUAGGAAAAUGUCUACCUUUAACCCAUAACUAAUGGACUGAACAGCCACUUGGCAUGUAGCAACAUUUAUGACCCCUGAAUUUGAAGUUAUUUAUAUUUAUCAUCAUUGCUGCCUAGUCUAAGAAAUCUAUUUUUUCCAAAAGUUAAAAGGAAACUAGAUCCCAAAUUUGGGAGUCCUAAUCUAUCUACUUCCCUGUAUAAUAAAACCUAAACUUAUAAUCCCCAUUUAAAAUUUUUGUUCUCUGAGAACAUUAUUUUUUAUUACUGGUUCCUAGAGACUGAAUGAGUUUGUUCUCUUAUUUUCAGUAGGCAAGAUAGUUCAAAUGCAACAAUUUUGUGAUAUAUGAUACUGUGCAUUUUCAUUGUAUUCUUCUGCCUCCUCCAACAAAUGUUUGUUGAGUAAAUGGAAAAAAAUAUGUUAAUUUAUUUCAAAACUUUACCAUUUCUUUCAUCAGGGUUUCUUCAGGAAAGAUGUGCCAAGAAUAGUUUCGGUAGCAUAUUUUCUGGGAAAGGGGAAGGAAGAAUAAAAAUCUAAAAGUAUUUUCUUUUUAGCUCAUGAGAGUUACUGCUUCAAACUAUGUGUAGUCACCUGAGCCAUAAGUGUAAUAGGCAGGCUUUUUUUAAAAAUACUUUACUUUUUGUUCUCCAAGGAAGACUUUUCUAGUUUCCCACCUCCUCCCCUGUUGCUCUAAGAUUUUUCCCUCCUUUUUUAUUUAUUGUACAAAUGUAACAGUUAAAAGAAGAAAAAUUACCCACAGUCUUACCACAUCAAUUGUCUUUAGGGUUCUGUGUUUACUUCCAGUGCUUGUCUAUGUAAAUAUGUAUUCUGAUGUACCUAUAAGUAAUCACUUGUAAUUUGUCUUUGGUGUUUUAAAAUGUUGUAGCCAGGAAAGACAGCCUCAUAGGGUUGGUAGGAACAAGUGAUAAUCUGGUGUGAGGAUGGGAAGAAGACAAAAAAUAAGUGAGGGUGGAGACUGAGCCUUCCAUGUUUCAUUGCCCCAAUUCCUGCUGCCAUCAUUUCAAUGCUGUGUUGUGGCAGGCAGCAUGCCCAGUUUUAGAAUUUCAGAAUGUGUUUAACAAUGAUGCUUCACUCACUGUAAAUGAAGGGGUCUGUGAGUAGAGAAACCCUUCAGACUGGUUAUAGUAUGAGACGUAGAACUGUUGCCAUUUUUCUGUUCCCCAGUUGUGCCCAUAAAGAGAUGUAUCUGGCCCUGGCUAGUGUGGAUGCAGAGGUUAGAGCAUCGGCCUGCGCACCAAAGGGUGCAGGUUUGAUUCCUAGUCAAGGGCACGUACCUGGGUUCGUUUGUUCUCUCUCUCUCUCUCUCUCUCUUUCUCUCUCUCUCUCUUCUGUCCCUUCCUCCACUCUCUCUAAAAAUCAAUGGGAUAAAUAUCCUUGGGUUUGGAUUAACAAAAACAAACAAAAAAGAGUUGUGUCUGGGCUGGACACUUAGCUCAAAUGGGGGAAUAGGCAGUCAAGUACCAAUUUCAGUUGGUCUGACAGGUGAAUUUUAGCAACUCUCUAAACUCAACUUUUAUACUUGUAAGACUCUGAGUGAUGCAGAUAGUGAUGGGAAAAUCCUUUUAGAAAAUAGAAAACAACUUACUGGUUAUUCUGUUAGCAUGAUGGAAGUUGCCAAAUGGAAAAUGAGUGAAUGCAAAAAAAAAAAAUACAGUUGGAUUGUGUGUCACCGGUUUAUUAUUCAAUAAAUAUGUUGUGGUUUGAUGUGCCAUAUGGUGUUUUUUAAUACAUUCUGAUUAGAAAUCCAGUCAUAAAACAUUCUGUAAGAGUCAGACACAAUUGAAUUAGAAGGGAAAUGACUUCAUUAUAUUAUGUUUGGCCACAACCAUUUCCUUCACCCAGUUUUCUCGAAAGCGAGUCAUUCCUGGUCUGCAGAGGAAGAAAAACAAACAUACCAAAAGCUUUUUAAAAUAAAAGGAACCAUUGAGCCAAA